AUGUUCAGUAAGAUGUUGGAUAUAAAAAAUCAUGGGUCUGAGACAAUAUCUUCGGCGCCGACAUGCGGGGGCGGCGCGGCGGGGUCGCGAGUGGCGGCCUCCUCCGCCGCCGUGGAGCUGGGCCGCCGCCUGCUGCUGGCCGCCCGCGCCGGGGACACCGCGCUCGUCCUCGACCUCAUGGCUAAAGGCGCGCCCUUCACCACCGAUUGGCUCGGCACGUCGCCGCUGCACCUGGCGGCGAGCAACGGCCACGCGGAGACGUGCGCCGUGCUACUGCGCGCCGGCGUGUCGCGCGACGCGCGCACCAAGGUGGAGCGCACGCCGCUACACCUGGCGGCCUACGGCGGCCACGCGGCCGUCACCGCGCUGCUGCUGCAGGCCGGCGCCGCCGUCGACUGCCGCGACAUGCUGCGCAUGACGCCGCUGCACUGGGCCGUGCAGCGCGGGCACGCGGCCACGGCGGCGGAGCUGCUGGCGCACGGCGCGGAGCCGGCGGCGCUGUCGAAGUUCCACAAGAGCCCGCGCUCGCUGGCGCUGCAGCUGCGGCGCGACGACCUGCUGCGCCUGCUGGACGACGCGCAGCGCCAGCGCGAGGCCGCGCGCUCCGUGCACCACCUCGUCUCCGAACAAAUGAGCCAGGAGCCUUCACCGGAGCCUCCUAUGCAAACAUUUGAUGCGGUGCAGAGGAUACAGGAUAUAAAGCCCAAUAGAAUUAAGCAGCAGCCAGAGAAAGUAGUCAAGACCGAUACGAAGACUGAGAGCCAGCGAGAAGGCGCGGCGGCCCAGCUGCUCCGCAAGCACGGCAUCACGCUGCUGCCCACGGACGACACCAGCACCGUGCUCAACGCGCUGCAGAGCGGCCGGACCGUGGUGCUGUCGGAUGCUGGCAAAUUAAUGUUAAAAGAGAGCAGCGAAACGAGUCAACCCGCGGCGAGUAAACCCUCGCCGUCGACGACCCAUCCCAACAAGAACAUGGUGCUCACCGCCACGCCCGUGAAGUCUCCACCGAAGCCCGGAAUGAAGAUAUUCACACUGAACAAUAAAUUACUGGCCGUGCCUAAGGAAGGCAACAAGAUACCGGUGAAAAAGAUCAUUAACCCACAAGAUAUGCAGGUGAAGUUCGUGCAGCUCCCCGCCGACGCGAAGAUCAUCUCUCCCUCCAAGGUGGUGGGGGUGAGGCGGCCCGCCGCCGCUCGACCCGCGGGGCAGCGACCCGCCGUCAAGAUCAUCAUGAACAAGUCCAACUUCCAUCGUCUCGUCGCCAACGCGAAUCGCGCCGACGAGGCUCGGGAGGUAUGCGUUCGAGGGCUCCAUCCUUUCCCGUGUCCGACGGUAUCGUUAUACGAGAACACGUCUACUAUGCGCUAA